UAUACCUUGCCAAUCUUGAGAAGCCUAAAACAGAGCAUCCAUCACACCUCCCCCUCCCCAGUAUAUUACUUCAAUUGUCUUCUUAAACCCAAAAGUUUAAAAAAAAAAAAAAAAACCCCUCCGAAUGUUGUGCUGACAUGAUUGAUGAUCAGCCAUUCCCAACCAAAUGGCCCCAAAAACAAAGUUCUCAACACAUCGGGAACGAGCAACCAAUCCGCUGGUGUGGUGUGCUGCUAUCAUCUGCACCAUCUUGACCGUAGCAGUCAUCAUCGCAGGCAUUGUUACCUUCAUAGGAUACUUAGUUAUACAUCCCAGGGUGCCUUACGUCAGUGUCAUGGAUGCUCACCUAGACCAUAUCCAGAUCGAUUAUGCGGGUAUUCUGGAAAUUCAGGUAACCAUACUAAUUCGAGCCCAGAAUGGGAACGAAAAGGCACAUGCAAGCUUCUCGGAUUCGAGUUACAGCCUAAGCUUGAACGGGGAAGUGGUGGCGCAGCUGGUAGCACCACCCUUUGAAGUAGGUAAGAACAGUUCGGUUGAUUUUAACUAUGUAGUGCCAUCUUCACCCAUACCCUUAAGACCAGAUCAAGCAGAGGAUGUGGACACGGGGUUGAAGAAAGAUUUGAUUACAUUCGAUUUAAAAGGCAGUACCUGGGUGAGAUGGAGAAUAGGGCACCUGGCUUCAGUUAAGUUCUUGUGUCGUCUUGAGUGCCGGUUGCGUUUCCAUCCUUUGAAUGGAACUUACAUUCCUUCACGCUGUAGUUCCAAGGCCAAAUAAUUUCCUGCUUUUAUUUAUUUUUUGUUAUAUAUACAUACAUAUACGUAUACAUCUAUAUAGAAUAAUUAAGGCUUUCCAUUUUCUUUUGUA